GCUAACCUUGUUGUGACAUAGAGACGAGGCGGUAGAAUUUAGAAUUUGGAGCAGGGGUGGGUACUGGUCUUUACAGUUAACCCAAAAUAGAUUAGCCACACCGUAUGCGUGUAGUUUCUUUUUUAGCCUGUAAAUUGAAUUAAGUCAGUUAUAUGCCAAGCAGUUCCUGUAAAAAACAACAUGGCUAAGAGGCCAGAAUUUAGUCACAUGGGUACGUCUAGCUGAAUUUUGAAGAGAUAAAUAUAUGGCAAUAAAUACAGAUUUUUAUUACUAAAUUACAAGAAGAUCUCUCGCUCUCAGGUCUCUAACUAUAAAAGGACCACUGGCUCAAUGACCUGUAAAGGCCAUUUCAGCACUUCCAUUCUGUUUGUCUCCAAGGCUUCACCUUAGGUAAGAACUUUUCGCUCUCAUUCACCUCUCAGGGGGCUCUGACUUUUUACAGCUGAAGGUCCAUCUUAUCUGAGAUGGACAGUAUUACCUAGCAGCAUGCAUGCUCUAGCAACAUGAACGACAUCAAGAGCAACAGAGAACUGUACCAGCAAUACACAGCCUUGGCCCCCAGGCUGCUGGCCCGCAUCUCCAAACUGCUCAUCAUUUGCCGGAAUGCAGGCAUUUCUGUACCUAAGGGCAUCAGGAACAUCUUUGAGUUCACUUGGGAGGAACUCACUGCCGACCCCAUGGUACCUACUGCGUCUGACAUCCUGGGCCUGGAGAUCAGCAUUGGAUCCCCACCUGUGGUGCUUAUGGAAUCAACCUCCAUGCAGGCCCCUGUCCAGAAGAAGGCACCCCCACCAGUACUACCACCUCCGUCACUGCCCACACCCACUGGGCCCGCCAGCUUCACCCGCUCUCCCACCCAUGGCCAUCUGGUGCACUCUAGCCGGGAAAUCCUGCAGAAAUUCCAGCGGCGGUCCAUCCACCUGCUGACAGAGCUGCUCACCCUGAAGAUGAAGGCCAUGGUGGAGUCUGUAUCUGUAGGUGCCAAUCCUCUGGACAUCACAAGGCGCUUCGUGGAGUCCAGCCUGCUCCUCCACGUCAAUGCCAAGGAGAUGGCUCUUGACUACCUGAUCAGCACAAUUGGAAAAAGUAGCUAUGGUGCCGGACAGACAGGGAGAGAUUCCUCUGUGAGCACUCCAACCAUGGGUGUGAACUCACCUUACCAGCUUGUCUACGAGUCAUCUACUGGCUGUCUGAGCUUUUCCCUCUCAACUGGAAGGGAAGUCAAGAAGAAAACAGCCACAGGCAGAUCAAAAAACUUCGAAGACCUACCCAUGUCACCCCUCCAACGAGGACUCAGAAACUCUGCCUCUGACAGUAUGGAGUUCAGCGACCCCUGCCCUGAGGCCCGAGAGAAGCUGCAGGAGAUGUGUCGCCUUAUAGAAGCUGAAAGGGCCUCGUGGAAAGGGAGGAAUUUCUCCUACCCCAUGAUCUUUCGCAACUACAGGGCAAAGAUGCCCUCUCAUCUAAUGUCAGCCCCGAAAGGGGACGCUCAGACCCCUCACCCUCCAGGUGCUCAGACUUCCACUCCCACCCCUCACCAGCCUCCUGCCCACCAACAGCCUCACUUCAGCCAACAUUCUCAGGAGUCUAAGACAUCCAAGAAGGUCAUCAAGUUGCAUUACACCUUCUGUGAUGGGUCCUCCUUCGUGUACUAUCCUUCUGGAAAUAUUGCCAUGUGUCAGAUCCCCACGUGCUGCAGAGGGAGAACCAUCACCUGCCUCUUUAAUGACACACCCAGCUUCUCCUUUCUGGCUCUGUUCAAUGCUGAAGGCCAGGGCUGUGUUCACUACAACCUGAAGGCCCGUUGCCCAUUUGUCUUGGUCUUGGAUGAGGAAGGUGGGACCACCAAUGACUACAAGGGCUACGUAGUCCACAAGUGGAGCUGGACUUCCAAGACAGAGACUUUGCUCUCCCUGGAAUAUCAGGUGAAUGAACAAAUUAAGCUGACGGUUCUGAGCCAGGACUCCAUCAUAGUCACCUUCACCUCCCUAAAUGAGACAAUAACACUCUCUGUUUCAGCCAACAAUUGUCCGCAUGGAGUAGCGCAGGAUAAACGGCUGCUGACCCGCAUGGACGACAAGAUGUCUAAGAUGAGCCAAGCCCUAGUGGGGAUCAAGAAGCGGUUUCAAAAGACAGUGUCACAGUUUAUGAAUUCUGUCUUGUUGGCAGCAGGCCUAUUCACCAUAGAAUACCCGGUUAAGGAAGAGACACAAAGCAAUCGAACCAAGGUAAAAUCGGGUACCUAUGUCGAGCGAGGCCCCAAGCCAAGUUUAUACUCAGGAGAAGUCCUUUUAUUACGAUCUCGGUCAGCCCGACCUGAAUCCUCAGUUGGAGAGUCUUCAAGGGAAGAGCAUGGGUCCAUUUCUGUGAGCCCCACUCGGAGGAAGACCAUCAAGACCCAAGCCAAAGCCAUGAUCACACCCAGGGGGAAAGCCCAAGAGGUGCGCAGCCCCACCAGGUGGGCAGCCUCGCCCUCUGACUGCCCACUGGUGCUGCGGAAGCUCAUUCGCAAGGAAGACAUUAGGGCUGGCUGCAAGUGCCUGGUGAAGGCACCCCUGGUAACCGAUGUGGAGCUGGAGCGCUUCCUGUCUGCGCCCCGCGACCCCAGCCAGGUACUGGUGUUCGGGAUAGUUUCAAGCCAGAACCCUACCAGUACCGCACAGCUCCAGUGGAUGCUGGACACACUCUACAGCCACCGGCAGCAGGGCCGUGCCUCACCCUGCAUCCAGUGCCGGCAUGACCCCUACCGCCUGCUACGGUAUGACCUGGACAGUGCCCUGCAGAAGAACCCACCACUGCUGGUGAAGAAGUAUGCUGUGGUGCAGGGGAUGGUUCUGAUGUUUGCUGGGGGAAAACUCCUUUUUGGAGGCUGCAUUUUGAAUGGAUAUGGCUAUAGCAGGCAGAAUCUGCUGAAACAGAUCUUCCAGGCUCGACAAGACUGCAAGAUGGGCUACUUCCUGCCAGACAACUACAAAUUUAGCAUUUCAACCUACAUCCCGGGCCUGGAAGACCCUGACUCAGUCAAGAAAACAAUACCAGAAGACAUCCAAGGAAGCUUCUCCUCACUGACCAUGGCGGACAAGAUGGAGGAGUCCUCCCCUGAAGCUGAGAAAAUGAAACAGCCUGAAGUGUUUCUGCAUACUCUCAGCAAAGCCAAGAGAGGCAGUAAGAAGUCGGCCAUCUGGAAAAAACAGCCCUCCAAGAAAUGAUGCUGCCCCCACAGCUACCCAGAGCUCCAAGCCUGGACACAGCUCCUCUCACAUCCACCCCAGUCCUGCCUCCCAAGCCUCCCACCCCCUUUCUCUAAGCCCCUGCAUAAUAAAUAAGCGUGCCUCCAGCAUCUGGGUGAGGCUGUGGGAUAGGCUGGCUCCUACGAGGCCCCCCACAGACCUGUUCCAA